CAGAUUUAAAUAGCCCAGGCCCGAGGCAGCCAGGCCUCAGCUGUGGACUCCUCCGCUUCUCGGGUGGCUCUAUUGGCUCUGGCCCCGCAAGGGUGGGCUCCAUUGGCUACCCAGCUGGCACCGACGUCCCCUCAGAGCCGGGUGGCAGCCGGAGGUAAAUAGCCAUGUGCAAUCCUCCUCUCUAUAUUUAACAGCUGCUACAGAGAAGGUGGCGGCUUUUGUCUUCUGGAAGAAGGGCCUUGGAACUGGGCUGGGACUGGCCUUCUCAGAGUGAGUGAGGUCACCAUGCCGGCUUCCCAGAGCCGGGCCCGUGCCAGGGACCGCAACAAUGUCCUCAACAGGGCCGAGUUCCUGUCCCUGAACCAGCCCCCCAAGGGGACCCAAGAGCCCAGAAGCUCAGGUAGGAAGGCCUCAGGGCCCUCGACACAACCCCCACCCUCCGCCGGCGACGGGGCCCGGGAGCGUCGCCAGUCGCAGCAGCUGCCCGAGGAGGACUGCAUGCAGCUGAACCCCUCCUUCAAGGGCAUCGCCUUCAACUCCCUCCUGGCCAUUGACAUCUGCAUGUCCAAACGACUGGGGGUGUGUGCCGGCCGGGCUGCAUCCUGGGCCAGUGCCCGUUCCAUGGUCAAGCUCAUUGGCAUCACAGGCCACGGCAUCCCUUGGAUCGGGGGCACCAUCCUCUGCCUGGUGAGAAGCAGCACCCUGGCUGGCCAGGAGGUGCUCAUGAACCUGCUGCUAGCCCUGCUCCUGGACAUCAUGACGGUGGCCGGAGUGCAGAAGCUCAUCAAGCGCCGCGGCCCCUACGAGAUGAGCCCUGGACUCUUGGACUACCUCACCAUGGACAUCUACGCCUUCCCUGCUGGCCACGCCAGCCGUGCCGCCAUGGUGUCCAAGUUCUUCCUGAGCCACCUGGUGCUGGCGGUGCCCUUGCGUGUGCUGCUGGUGCUCUGGGCCUUCUGCGUGGGCCUGUCACGGGUGAUGAUCGGACGCCACCACAUCACAGACGUCAUCUCAGGCUUCAUCAUUGGCUACUUCCAGUUCCGCCUGGUGGAGCUCGUGUGGAUGUCCUCCAACACCUGCCAGAUGCUCAUCUCUGCCUGGUGAGCCAGCACCCACCGCCCAUCCGGGCUCGAGGCAGAGCUGGUCCCAGAGAGGUGGCUAGAAGCAGGUCAGCGGGGAAGGACUGAGUCCGCUUCCCCGUUCUGGUUGGAGGCUGACUUGUUAGUACUGUGGGGCUUCCUGUCCUUUUCGCUUGGACUCUGAGGCAGCCAGGACGACUCACAUGGGCUGUCAUGCUUAGCCUCGAUUCCUAGUCUGAAGACAGUAGAUGAGAACAAGAUGGCCUUAGGAGGGACAGAGUCUUGUCCCUUCGUCACCAUGACAGCGGCUGUACUGUGCCGCCACACCACAGCACAGAGCUCAGUGAAAUAUUCCCACCUCUCACCCAGCAUAGGUGCCAGUCCAUGGGUGAUCACUGACAGCUUAGGGUGCCUGGGGCCCAGCCUGCAAGAUACUUCUGGGGAGAGGCUCUGGUGGCCCAGUGCACUUUGGGAAGUACUGCACGCUGCCCCUACAGUAGAUGUUCACAAGGGCACAGCUUAUUUGUAAAGGCACUGAUGUGUCCUCUAGAAAAACCAGCUGUUCAAGUCGUGUUUAAUUCAGCGUUUCCUAAAUUUAUUUCACCAUAGGAGUCAUUUCCCCAGGAAUAGCUCUUAACCCACCAAGAACCUAGUGAAUUUGGGAAGCUACUGUCCAGGAGCCAAAGGGCCUGGGCCAUGAGCUGGCCUCUCGCACAGCACCCAGCCCUGAAGCCUGGGGAGAGCAGGUGCCCGUGCCAAGACCUAUAGAAGACUCCUGCCAUGGUCUCUGGGCAAUGGCGCAGCUUUGGCCCCCAGGGGCCGGACUCUGUGUGACCUAAUAGGUCGUUUCCAAGUCAGCCACUUAUGGAUGCGCAUUUCAUGUGACAAUACAGUGAUGUGCAAAGGAC